CCGCACGCAUACAGUCUGGUUACGCGUAGCGCCCGUGCCUACUAGGAUUUUUCUGAACACGCUGCACUCGAUCGAGGGAGGCUGGAGAGAGCGUUCUGUGCGCUGCUUGCACCGGAUCCACUAGAUUUGCCCCCUCCUCAGACUGCCGGACGGCCCCCCACACGAUGACCGCCUCCUUCGCCGCGUACGCUUCGCAGUUCCUUACUCGCCAGCCCCAGCAAGCCAGUAUGGCGUCCUCUCAGCCGCUCUUCUUCUCCUUCACCACCGACGGUGGCGGCGAACUGGAUGAUUUGGACGACCCCCACUUGCGUGGUGCGGGGUCAAGUACGCGCCAUGAUCGGAGUGGGGAGGCGGGCCGUCACAGUCGCAGCGAGGAGCCUGUCAGCGACGAGGACGAAGACGACGACGGGCCCUAUUUGCGACUGGAUGAAGGGACGAAGCCCGCGGGCGUACGUGCCCCAUUGAUCGCUCAGUCACGCCGCGUAGCAGAUUCGGACGCAGGCAUCGGCGGCUGGCUCGCUCAUCACAUAUCACCACUUCGGGCGCCUAGUCUGGAUGAGGGGGACGACGAGGAUGACGAAGAGGAAGAGGACGAUGCCUUCGCGCAGCCCGAUGUCGAAGCACAACCUGAGCAUCCACGCUCUCUCUCCCUUACCGCCAGCCUCCUUCCCCGACCAGCCCCUGGCACGUUCCAUCUGCCAGACCCCCGCCAUCUACCCCGCGGACGGCGAAAGUACAACGAUGCACCAUGGCUCUCUGCGUACCUCUUCGCGGUAUCGGCCUGCGUGUUAGGCGCCUUCCUACUUCUCAUCCUCGCACAUACUACGCGACCACCAAACGGCUCUUCAUCGAAACUGCCGUAUGCGACACUACUGCGCACAGUCCCCCUCGUCUGCGUUUCUGCUGUCGUGGCGGCAGUGCUGACGUACGUUCAUGUACUCGCGUUACGAUACGCAGUCCGUCCUGUACUCGCCGCCACCGAAGCAUUCGUACCUGCCGCACUCACCAUCUGCUCGAUCUGGGCGUUCGCUGGGAGCUUUGUGACCGAGGACGGUGUCGAGCCAACUUGGGGAGAGACUGUUGGCCUUCGUCUGUUCGCUCUCAUCCCCCUUGUUUUCGCAGUCAUCACUGGCAGGCGGCUGCUGCGCGGUCUGCCGCGCCGCCUACACGCCGCAUCCGCAACUCUGUCACUCGUCACCGAUGUGCUAUUCGGCGAGCUUGCGCGACCAUUCGUGGCCGGCGGAGAGCCGUACCUCUUGGCUCUGUCCCCGGCUCUCCUUCUCGCCGCACUCCUUGCGAGCAUUCCCUUCGCCACUGUUGUGUUCCGACUGCUGCUCGUGGGAUACUUCAAGAAGGAGGACUCUGGUUAUGCGUGGAACGUCAAAGGAUGGGCUCGAUGGGCGCUGGUCGGUGCAAUUGCGACAUGGCUAUGGACGUGGGCUGUAGCGCGAGGUAUCCUGCGUAUGACUGCGGCAGGUGUCGUGGGGGCAUGGUACUUUGCGGGCGCGGAAGCACCCCGCCAUCGUCCUACCGAUACACACACCAUCCACGCCGCCCUCUUCCGUGCCACGCAGACUUCCCUCGGCACCGUCUGCCUUGCCGGCGCCAUCCUCUCCUCCCUCCGCGCCCUCGCCCUCAUUUCCGCGCUCCUCUCCCGCUUACCACCAUGGCUCACCCUCGGCGCUAUGUCUACGCACCCGGUCGCCAACAUGCUCAAACCCGUCGCGCUGAUGGCGGCCUCGGGUAUCGCGUGGGCGGUGCGGUGGCUGGAGACUGUUGGAGAGGGUGUUGGCGGUGAUGCGCUGGUGUAUGCGGGGUUGACGGGGGAACCGUUUUGGAAGGCGGCGGGGAGGAGUGCGGCGUUGGCGGGGCCGGUGGGGAGCACGACGGGGCCGUCAGGUGGGCAGCCGUUGCAGGAGCGCGGUUGGGGGUGGGCGAGGAGGCAGAGGCGCAAUGGGUUCGGUGAUGCGCCUCUUGCUCUCCUUACUCUCGCACCAUUGACGCUGUGCCUACCCUUCGCGCUGGGCGCGUACAUGUUCACCGCGCACACGCUCGGCGCGCCCAACGAAGCCUUCGGCGCGGCCAUCCUCGUCGGCAGCGUAGCAGGUCUCGUCGGUCGGUUCUCCAUCGGUGUUGUCGUGGACUGUGCCGACACGCUCUACCUUUGCUACUGCAUCGACAAGGACGCGGGGCAGAAGCGCCGACCCGAGGUCUUCGCCCUCUUCGAAUCACUCGAACGCGAGCCGCGACCCGACGCGCCCGCCCGUCAACGGCCAGAGGAAGCUCAGCUCUUCCUCGGCGGGCAACCCAGCCAGCCCUCUUCCGGCCGUCCUGCUCGCCCGUCAAGACAAGAGCAGCAGCUGUUCGACCCGAUGCAGGAAGGGCAGGAGGAGCAGCUGUUUGGAGGUCGUGGGCAGGAGACGGUAGGGCAGGAAACGAGGACGCAUCCCUCGCAUCCGUCGCAGGGGUCCGCGGGGCGUGCGCCGCUGCCGUUGGAGGGCAGCGAGUUCCCUGUGGAUCGGAGCCCGAGGAACGAGAGGCGGGCGAGCGGGAGGCAGGCGCGCGCGCGCUCGCCGUCGGUGGACGACGAGGAGAUGGAGCCGGCGUCGGGGUACGAUCUGCGGGACACGGGGCGGGGCGAGGGGCGUCCCCACGGCGGUGCGAGCGAGAAACCGGCGCCGGAGUCCGAGGAGGAUAUCGACCCGUUCCACAACUCCUUACAUGACGAGCUGCCGGGGGAGAUGGAGGACGAGAGCGGGUUGGGCGGUGUGGGGAGCGGGCAGUCGACGGUGGAGGCGAGCCGGCGCUCGGACUUUGACGCUAGUCGGCGGGCGUCGGGGAGUGGGCGAUUUGGGGUGGACGCGAGCCGGCGUGAAUCUGGCAGCGGCCACCUCACCAGCAGCGCGCAGCAGAAGAUGUCCGCGAGCCGGGCGUCGAUGAGCGAUGCGUCCGUCGAUGACGAGCCUGGGUCGCAGUUCUUCCCCGGGUCGGGGUUUUUCUGAGCGGACACGAGGAGGACUGAGCAAAUAGGCACGGCGGGUGAAAUCCUUGGACGGAUCCGGGAAGGGUGAAGGAUGGGUCCCCCAUGCAUAUCGCUAUCGAACGCUUCCAGCAUGCUAUAUAGACGGAUAGGUAUCUUCACUUCCUCUCGUUGACGUCCCGCACUCCCUCUCGUUCGCUGUAAUCUCUCACUCCGCAUCCUGCCUCCGUGGCCAACGCCCGCAGUCUCCCUUGGCCGCCGUUCCAGCGUUGGGGAAACCCUCACAUUGUCUCAUAGUUCGCGGAAGGCACCGUUUCUUGCUCCCAUGUCACGACACGUACACUGGCUCCUGUAUCUACGUCUCUUAUUUACGUCGUGUGUUAUUGUAUAUAGUAUCAUGCUUUGGAUUUGGGUAU